GAGACGCCGAAGACAAACAUGGCGCUGUUCUUCUCCGGAGCCGUCACAAGCUCUCCGGUCAGACGGCGGCUGCGUGCGGCUCCUUCCUGUCCGAGCCUGGACGCCUCCCUCCUCUCCCCCGACUCCUCGUACGUGUGUUACUCCUCGGCGGACGCAGGAGGUGCGUGCUGCUGCCGCCGCUCGCCCCGCCUCCUCACCAACGGCUACUACGACGUGACGGAGGACAGCUUCUCGCUGGACCAGGACGGGAACGUGUCCCUGCUGGGCUGCAGGUCCAACGUGUCCUACAAGGAGAACCUGGUCAGAGUGUUCCGGCGCCGGCGGAGGCCUCGCAGCGCUCUGGUCCGCCUGCUGAGCGGCGUGACGGAGACCUGCCAGUCAUGGCUGGACCAGAACGUCUUCAGAGGUGUGUUUGGGACAAGGCAGAACCAGGACCGAGAUCUGGACUGGGCUCAGAGCAGCCAGGAGGGCCCGGUUCUGCAGGACGAGUCUUUGUGGUCGGAGCUGGACGACAGUCUCAGCUUCACCUACGAUCCCACUGAAGCCCCGCCUCCUCCUGACAAAGAAGCCCCGCCCCCAAAUACAGUCAUCCAGGAGGAGAUUUGCUCUGAGAUCUGCCAAUCAAAGGAGCGGUUCCAGUCGCUGGGCGGGCUCUCUGAAGUCCCGCCCCCUUCACCUUUCUACUCUACCAGCUGCUGUCAGACGUCACCUGAACCGACAGGAUUCACGAUGACGGCGCUCCUGCUUCUCGUCUUCACCGUCUUUGUCCUCACAGCUCUGUCCUCACGGAGCUGGUGGUGGAGCGCCGCCGUGACGUCAGCUGCCCUCCUGACCGCCGCAGCGUUCAUGAUUCUGACCAAGUCCGGCCCGAUGGGAGCGUGGAGGCGAGCCAAGACGGAGGACAUCACGUCGAGGAACGAGUAACCGGACCGUGAGCGGUGCCGGAGGUCCGACGGGGAUCAGCAGAAACUUUGUAAAUGUUUUAUUCUGUUUCUGAGCUCGAGGCGCCUAAAAGCUAAAAAAUCACUUUUUAAACUAAACUUUUUUAACAUUUACAUAAUCAAAGAUGAAAAGUGGGAACUUUUACGUUUAACAAGUUUAAUAAUGUUUUAAUAAGUUUAAUAAGAAACUGUUUUUAAAACUGCAGCUUCAACGUGUGAUAAACUGUCGGCAUCAGAGCUGAUUAAUAAUCAAUAAUUAUUAAUAAACAAACUUUAAACAGAUGUGAAUUAAUGUGACACAAGUGUAAAUAUU